UACCCGCUGGAUUGUAGCUCACCUCUUUUGCUUCCUCAUUGUCUUAACCUCAUCAGCCUGCCAAGCUACUGAAGAUAGCAUUCCUAUCUGGCCACAAAUUUCUGCCUGCUCCUCUCUGUUGGCUCUGGAAUGUAUAUGGUCAGUUGACUCAGUGCAUUGAGCUGUUUGAAAUGGGAAAGGUUUUUUUUUCUUCUUUGUGGUAUUAAUUUUGAGUUAGUGAGCUGAUAGAACUCAGAGUGCUUGUAUAAUCCAAGCCAAGAGAAACAGCAAGAGUUCUCAGCACAGCACGGGUGUGGUGUUUGGUUUCCUAGACCAGUGCUCAGUCUGCUUAAAAAGUAACGUGCUGAGAGGGAAGCACCUGCUGAAACCUCUCCAAAACCAUUACUGGCUUUUCAUGCAAAAAUUUCCUGGUGUUAUGAUGAUGUGGGCCUCCAGUAGUCUUGCUUUCCUUCAUGCGAAGGUAAUGAUGCUGAUGGUGGGGUGAAGUCAGCGGCCUGUUAAAUGCUGGAUAAAUUGCUUCCUAUGUUGUGAAUGAAACCUAAGUAUUGAUUAAUGAGUGCAGUUUCUCUUCUCAGCUUCAUCAACUGUCUGUGGCAUUGCAGAGUUCAAAUCUUUAUACGAACCCCCAUGUGGAAUAGUCGAGAAUCCCAGCACCAGCUCCCCUGGCAUCUGCUUCCUUUCCUAGCCCACAGCUGAGCUCUCGGGUUUCUGUGAAUGCAAAUAGCAACGGGGAACUUAAUCUGAGGAGAGAGGGAGCGGAGUUUGCUUCCUCUUCUCCAAGUCAUGGCCCAAAGCAUUUUCCAUUUCGACUGAAGAACUAAACUGAAACCAGCAGGGAAUCAAAUCCUGGAGCAUAUUUUGCAACAUGAUCAAAUGUUAAAUUCUAAGGAAUUUUGUUUAUGGCUGGAUACCAGAGAUUAAAUAGGUCAGCCAUUGCAAGCAGUGUUACUGCAGGACAGAAGUGACACCAGAGCUGUUCUGACCUGUCACCCUGGUGCGUUAGGUUUGCUGCUAGUCCUGUGGAAAGGAGAUCACAAAAGGUGUAACUGCCGAGUGCUCGCAAGAUGUCUAAAACCAACAAAUCCAAAUCUGGAUCUCGUUCUUCUCGUUCGAGAUCUGGAUCAAGAUCACGCUCACGUUCCUUCUCCAAAUCUCGUUCCCGUUCUCGCUCUGUCUCACGCUCGAGGAAGCGCAGGCUGAGUUCUAGGUCCCGUUCAAGGUCAUAUUCUCCAUCUCAUAACAGGGAAAGGAACCAUCCAAGAGUCUAUCAGAACCGGGAUUUCAGAGGUCAUAACAGAGGAUACAGGAGACCGUAUUAUUUCCGUGGCCGAAAUCGAGGGUUCUAUCCGUGGGGCCAGUAUAACAGAGGAGGAUACGGGAAUUACAGGUCUAACUGGCAAAACUACCGCCAAGCCUACAGCCCUCGCAGAGGGAGGUCACGCUCCCGUUCACCCAAGAGAAGGUCUCCUUCUCCAAGGUCGAGAAGUCAUUCUAGAAAUUCUGACAAGUCGUCUUCUGAUCGGUCGAGGAGGUCUUCCUCCUCUCGGUCUUCCUCCAACCAUAGCCGAGUUGAGUCUUCCAAGCGUAAAUCUGGAAAGGAGAAAAAGUCAUCUUCCAAGGAAGCCCGGGCAUCUCAGGCUGCAGGAGAUAACCAAGGCGAUGAUUCGAAGGAGCAGCCGUUCUCGGGAGCGGCGGCUCAAGAUGCUAAGGCGUCCGAGGGAUCAAAACCGUGGCAAGAUGUGACCACCUAUGGUACCAGCUCAGCAUCGAGAGCUGCCGCUCCUGAGCUCAGCCCGAGGGAACGCAGUCCUGCGUUAAAAAGCCCUCUCCAAUCCGUUGUGGUGAGGCGGCGUUCUCCUCGGCCAAGCCCGCUGCAGAAGUCGAGCUCCCCGCUGUCCAACCCCUCGCAGAUGAGCUCUGCGUCGCAGGGCAGCACCUCCUUUCAGGCAGGCUCUCAUCAGAGUCCGUUCGACCACGGCUCGUCAGGUUUGAGCCCAACGAGAAAGAGCCCUGUGUGCAAAAGCCCAACGCCGAUCAGUUCCAUGUAUGGUACAUCUCAGAAGGAGGAAACCACAGCUCCUGGCGGGGGAGCCUUCUCCAAGAGGUAUCUGGAAGAGCAGAAGGCAGAGAAUGGGAAAGACAAAGAGCAGAAAGUGACAAAUGUUGAGAAGGAAAAAAAUAAAGAAAAAGGGAAUUUCUCGGAGGUGGGAUCAACAGAUGGAAAGGCAAAAUCUGAUUCCUAUGCAUCCAAAGCAGAUUCUGAGAAGGGAUACCGUGGCAGUCAGUCACCCAAGCGCUACAAGUUCCGGGAUGACUUUGACAAGCCAAAGGCACCGGAGUUCCACAAGGAGAGUCAUUAUGGCAAAGAGGAAACGGAUGAUCAGGAAAAGAAGGAAAAGGCAAAGGGCCGUAAGGAUUCGGAUUUUGAUGACGAGCCCAAAUUUAUGUCUAAAGUGGUGGCAACGUCGAGUAAAAGUCAAGAGGAGGACAGGCAAGGCAAAUGGGAAGGCGUAGUGUUCUUGCCACCUGGAAAGGAGAAGCAAAGAAAAUCUGAGGAAAUGGAGGAGGAGAGCUACUCUGAGAGAUCUAAAAAAGAAGAGAGGCCGGCGUCCAAGAGAGCUGAGCCGGGUCACCGGGGCUUUGUUCCUGAAAAGAAUUUUAGGGUGACCACUUACAAAACAAGCCAAGAAAAAAGUUCUUCCCCUCCACCAAGGAAGGCCUCUGAGGUAAAGGAGAAGCCAGGUUCCAAAGGAGAUGGGCUAGCUCCUGGCAAGUCCUUUUCCAUUACUCGUGAGGCCCAGGUCAAUAUUCGGAUGGAUUCCUUUGAUGAAGAUCUUGCACGUCCAAGUGGCAUACUGGCUCAGGAACGCAAGCUGUGUCGUGACCUUGUGCACAGCAACAAAAAGGAGCAGGAGUUUCGUUCCAUAUUUCAUCAUAUUCAGUCUGCUCAGUCUCAGCGAAGUCCUUCUGAACUGUUUGCUCAACACAUAGUGACUAUAGUCCAUCAUGUAAGAGAGCAUCACUUUGGAUCGUCAGGAAUGACGCUGAACGAACGCUUUACCAAAUACCUAAAGAAAGGAAUGGAACAAGAAGCAGCUAAAAAUAAAAAGAGCCCUGAAAUUCACAGGAGGAUAGAUAUUUCUCCCAGUACUUUUAGAAAGCAUGGAUUCUCUCAAGAGGAAUCGAAAAGUUCCAGAGAUCCCGGCUUCAAGGCCGAAGGGAAAUAUAAGGACGACCCUGUUGACCUGCGCCUUGAUAUCGAACGCCGUAAAAAACAUAAGGAAAGAGAUCUUAAACGUGAUAAAUCCAGGGAGUCGGUGGAGUCCAGAGAUUCGAGUCACUCGAGGGAAAGAUCGACUGAGAAAACGGAGAAAAGUCACAAAGGCUCAAAGAAAAAGAAACACCGAAGGGUGCGGGAGAGGUCCAGAUCCAGCUCGUCGUCCUCACGAUCCUCUCAUUCAGUGAAAGCAGAGGAGUAUCCCGAGGAGACUGAGGAGAGGGAGGAAAGCACCACAGGCUUUGACAAGUCCCGACUCGGAACCAAGGAGUUCCCAGGUCCAAAUGAGAGAGGAAGAGCCCGAGGGACCUUUCAGUUCAGAGCGAGGGGGAGAGGAUGGGGCAGAGGCAACUUCUCAGGCAACAACAACAGCAACAGUGGUGGCAACAAUGACUUCCAGAAGAGAAGCAGAGAAGAGGACUGGGAUCCAGAGUACACCCCGAAGAGCAAGAAGUACUACCUGCACGACGACCGCGAGGGCGAAGGCGCGGAGAAGUGGGUGAGCAGAGGCCGCGGCCGCGGCGCCUUCCCCCGAGGCAGAGGUCGCUUCAUGUUCAGGAAGUCGAGCACCAGCCCCAAGUGGGCUCACGACAAAUUCAGCGGCGAGGAAGGAGAAAUCGAAGACGACGAGAGCGGAGCGGAGAACAGGGAGGACAAGGACAGCCUGCAGUCGGCGGCCGAGUAGCUGCGAGGCCGGGGAGCGGCGCGCGCUGUGCUGGGCUCGGGGCGGCCCCCGGAGCCGAGCCCCCCCCCCCCCGGGGGCUCUGACGCAACCCCCCACGUUCCCUGCGCUGUCAGAGCUCUGCCCCCCAACCCCGUGCGGGCGAGAACUGACGCAAUCAUUUCUGCUUGGGUCCGCUCGCCGGGCGCAUCUUCCCAAAGACUCAACGUUGUGGACUGAAUGAGGUCAAGUGCUGGGUGAGGCCCUGGCUGUUCUGUCCGUGCCCUUACAGAAUGGUUCUUCUGUUUGUUCUUUGGUUUGGUUUUUGGUUUUUUUUUUGGUAACAGGCUUCGAAGACGACGUGGAUUUGGCUCGGUGCCCACCUUAGCCCAGUAGUUGACGUUUUCGUUUCUCUUUUAUCAGUGGAAGUAGAACAGGUCGGGCUGAUCUCGCCACUUCCCCUUUUUCUCCCUUCUUGUGUACUCAGUUUUUUUUUUUUUUUUUAAAUCCAUACUCUACUUAUUUUAGGCCUUCGUGUAGUUAACAUCGAUUCAAUGAUCAUUUUGGCAACUCUUUUUGGUUCUUUCAAUAAGAAAUGAUGAAGCAUGUGAAUAAAGAUCUCCAUGUUAACUGGUUGGGACCAAA